GGGGCGCCGCCUCCCCCAUGCCGCCCUCGGGGCUGCGGCUGCUGCCGCUGCUGCUGCCGCUGCUGUGGCUACUAGUGCUGCCGCCUAGCCGGCCGGCCGCCGGACUGUCCACCUGCAAGACCAUCGACAUGGAGCUGGUGAAGCGAAAGCGCAUCGAGGCCAUCCGCGGCCAGAUUCUGUCCAAGCUUCGGCUCGCCAGCCCCCCGAGCCAGGGGGAGGUGCCGCCCGGUCCGUUGCCCGAGGCCGUACUGGCCCUUUACAACAGUACCCGUGACCGGGUGGCCGGGGAAAGUGCCGAACCUGAGCCUGAGCCAGAGGCGGACUACUACGCCAAGGAGGUCACCCGCGUGCUAAUGGUGGAAAACAGCAACGAAAUCUAUGGGAAAAUCAAGCGUAGCCCACACAGCAUGUAUAUGCUCUUCAACACAUCGGAGCUCCGGGAAGCGGUGCCCGAACCUGUGUUGCUCUCUCGGGCAGAGCUGCGCCUGCUGAGGCUCAAGUUAAAAGUGGAGCAGCACGUGGAGCUGUACCAGAAAUACAGCAAUGAUUCCUGGCGCUACCUCAGCAACCGGCUGCUGGCCCCCAGCGACUCACCGGAGUGGCUGUCCUUUGAUGUCACUGGAGUUGUGCGGCAGUGGCUGACCCACGGAGAGGAAAUAGAGGGCUUUCGCCUCAGUGCCCACUGUUCCUGUGACAGCAAAGAUAACACACUCCAAGUGGACAUUAACGCAGGGUUCAGUUCCGGCCGCCGGGGUGACCUUGCCACCAUUCAUGGCAUGAACCGGCCCUUCCUGCUCCUCAUGGCCACCCCGCUGGAGAGGGCCCAGCACCUGCACAGCCCCCGGCACCGCCGAGCCCUGGACACCAACUACUGCUUCAGCUCCACGGAAAAGAACUGCUGCGUUCGGCAGCUCUACAUUGACUUCCGCAAGGACCUGGGCUGGAAGUGGAUUCACGAACCCAAGGGCUACCACGCCAAUUUCUGCCUGGGGCCCUGCCCCUACAUCUGGAGCCUGGACACGCAGUACAGCAAGGUCCUGGCCCUGUACAACCAGCACAACCCGGGCGCGUCGGCGGCGCCGUGCUGCGUGCCGCAGGCGCUGGAGCCUCUGCCCAUCGUGUACUACGUGGGCCGCAAGCCCAAGGUGGAGCAGCUGUCCAACAUGAUCGUGCGCUCCUGCAAGUGCAGCUGAGGCCCCGCCCCACCCGACAGGUCCCGCCCACCCCGGCAGGCCCGGCCCCGCCCCCGCCCGCCUCAUCAGCGUUGUAUUUAAGGACACCUCACCCAAGCCCACCUGGGGUCCAUUAAAGGUGGAGAGAUGA